AUGCAUGACUGGCACCAGAUUUUUGACCAAAACGUGUUGGUCCCUCCCCACCCACAGCGACUGCGCCAGCCCUUGAAGGAAUCGACGGCAUUUCAGUGUGUCCUGAAGUGGCUCGAUGGGCCGCUAAUUAAGCAGGGAGUGCUGGAGGUGCUGGCGGAGGUGCGGUGCCAUCUUCGCGUGUCUCUCUUCGAUGUCACCUACCGACACUUCUUCGGGAGGACAUGGAAGUCCACAGCGAGGCCCGUGGAGCCACCCUCCAGGCAGCCGUCUAGGGUUGUCUUCAACGAGCCCUUGUAUUUCCACACGUCCUUGAACCACCCGAACAUCGUGGCGGUGGUGGAAGCCGUGGCCGAAGGCAGGAAGCGGGAUGGGACCCUCCAGGCUCUGUCGUGCGGGUUUGGAAUCCUUCGGCUCUUCAGCAGCAAGCCAGAGUCCCCCACGUCUGCCUCCCAGGACAAACGGCUGAGGCUGUAUCACGGCACCCCCAGAGCUCUGCUGCACCCGCUGCUGCAGGACCCCAUAGAGCAAAACAAGCACCUGACGGUGAUCGAGAACUGCGGCCUGCAGUGCACCCUGCGGCCACACCCGGCCCUGGAGCCCGCCUUCCACCUCCUGCCUGAGAACCUUCUGGUGUCUGGGCUGCAGCACAUACCUGGCCUCCUUCCUGCUCCCGGGGACGCGGGUGACGCACUCCGGAAGCCCCGCCUGCAGAGGUCGGUCACGUGGUACUUGGACGAUGUCUUCAUCACGCUGUACCCUUCCCUUGAGAAAUUCGAGGAGGAGCUCCUGGAACUCCUUACCAGCGACCACUUCCGGGAGGCGGACGGCCCACUGGACGGCAGUGCUCUGGAGAUUGCGGAGCGGCGUCUGUGUGUCGGCGUGCACAACGGCCUGGGCUUCGUGCACAGGCCACAGGUCAUGGUCCUGGUGCCCGAGCGGGAGGUGGCCUUGACACGCUCUGCCAGCUUCAGCAGGAAAGUCGGCUCCUCUUCCAAGGCCAGCUCCGGAAGCCAGGCGCUAGUUUUGAGAAGCCGCCUCCGACUGCCUGAGAUGGUCCGUCACCCUGCGUUCGCCAUCGUCUUCCAGCUGGAGUACGUGCUGAGCAGCCCGUCGGGCGUGGACGGCAACGCGGCUUCUGUCAGCUCCUUGGCCAGCCUGGCGUGCAUGCGCACGGUUCGCUGGGCCGUCUGGCAGCCUGCGCCAGAGGCCGGCAACGGGAGCAUGGCGCUGCCUCUGCAGGGCGGGAUCCGGCCCAACCCCUUGCGCUGCCUGGUCUACAAGGUGCCCCCAGCCAGCCUGAGCUCCGAAGAGGUGAAGCAGCUGGAGUCGGGGACAGUCCACUUCCAGUACUCUCUGAGCCCUGACGGACACCUGGACGCACCCACAGGGCACCCCCGGGUGGAGCGGCGGCCCUCCAAGGGGACAGCCACGUCCCCUUCAAGCCCGCCCGUGCCUCCGCCCCAGGGCCUCGCCACCUCGCAGGACUCGCCCGUGGGACCGGGGCUGUCGCUGUCCCAGCUGGCAGUGUCCCCGCGCUCUCCGACUCCUCGCCCCUCGGCCCGGCCCUCCUCCCGGCAGCCCGGCGGCGCCGCGCCCUCGCAGGCCCAGGAGUUCCCCUUGGAGGGCGGCAUCUCCCACCUGGAGGCUGACCUGAGCCAGACGCCCCUGGCCCCGGGCCCGUGCGUGGCCGAGCGGUUGCAGGAGCUACCCUUCGCACCGGUGCAUGCCCCUGUCGUCGUGGGGGCCCAGAUGAGGAGCUCUGGCAGGACACUCUCGAGAGCCGCGCUGGCGCUCCUGCAGGGCUCGGGCUUCCCUGAGAUCCUGGAUGCCAACAAGCAGCCCGUCGAGGCUGUGAACCCUACAGACCCCGUGAAGUUCAGCCCUCAGAAGGAAGAGUCCGACCGCCUGCAGAGCAACGAGAUAGUGCUGCAGUUCCUCGCCCUCAGCAGGGCGCCCGAGGACGACCAGGGAACACCGUGGCCAAACACCGUGUAUUUCACCUUCCAGUUCUACCGCUUCCCACCCACGACAACCCCGCGGCUGCGGCUGUCCCGGCUGGAUGAGACGGGGGAGUCCCUCCCGGGCCCCUUGUCACACAUCCUCGUUCCCAUCGACAAGGACGGCUCCUUUGAUGCUGGGUCCCCCGGCUUCCGGCUGAGCUACCUGGUGGGCCCGGGGCUCCUGAGGCCUGGGGAGCAGCGCUGGUUCGCCCGCUACCUGGCCCUGCAGACCUUGCAGCUCGACGUCUGGGAUGGGGACUCCCUGCUCCUCAUCGGGUCGGUGGCCGUCCAGAUGAAGCACCUCCUGCGCCAGGGGCGGCCAGCUGUGCAGGUCUCUCACGAGCUCGAGGUCGUGGCGACUGAAUACGAGCAGGACGCGAUGGUGAUGAGCGGAGACGUGGCGGGGCUUGGCGGCAUCAAGCCGAUCGGCAUCCGCACGGUGGUGAAGGGGUGGCUGCACCUGACCUUGGCCAAUGUGGGCCACUUGUGUGAACAGAGGGGGAGAAGUUCCAGCGUGUUGCCGCCCUCCAGGUCGCGGGUCAUCUCGAAUGACGGAGCCGGCUGCUUCGAGGGAGGCAGCCUCCUCACGCGUGGGGGCCCGAGACGUGAAAACGUGGUCCAGGCACAGAAGCUGGCGGACGUGGACAGCGAGCUGGCGGCCAUGCUCUUCGCCCCGACAAGGCCGGGCGGCAGGGGGCCCCAGGGCGCCGGGCAGGAGGGGGACGCUGUGCGCAGGCGCAAGCUGGAGCGGAUGCGGACGGUGCGUCUGCAGGAGGCGGGGGGCGAGCGCGGCGGCUGGAGGACCGGCGUGCUGGUGAGCCCCUCCCCUCGCGACGUCCGCGCACAGCACGCACGGGACCUGCAGGUCAUUGCCGCCUACCGGGAGCGCACGAAGGCCCAGAGCAUCGCCAGUGCGCUCAGCCUGGCCAUCACCACGGAGCACACCAUCCACACCACGCUGGGCACGGCCGAGUUCUUCGAGUUCGCGCUCAGGAACCCCCACAACACGCCGCAGACUGUGACCAUCGAGGUGGACAGCCCCGAGCUCAGCCUCAUCCUGGACAGCCGGGAGUGGAGGCACUUCAAGGAGGCCGCCGGCCUGCUCACGCCCCUGGAGGAGGACAUGUUCCGCCUGCGGGGCAGCCUCGCGCCCCAGCUCUUCCUGCGCCCCUGGGAGACCGCCCACAUCCCCUUCAAGUACCAGACCUUCUCCGUGGCGCAGGUGGGCUGCGAGGGGCUGGCCCCUGCUGACCUGGGAUCGGAGAAGGACCCCGACCCCGGAUCGCCUGGGAAGCCCAGCACGAUGCCCACCAGACACGCCAAGGUGCUGUUCCGGGCGGCCGGCGGCCAGCCCAUGGCUGUGCUCCGCCUGGCGGUGCAGCCCCAGCCGCACGUGGUGGACCAGGUCUUCCGCUUCUACCACCCCGAGCUCACCUUCCUGAAGAAGGCCAUCCGCCUGCCCCCCCGGCACACGCCCCCAGGCGCCCCCGUGGGGAUGCCUGGCGAGGAGCCCCCGGUGCACGUCCGCUGUAGCGACCCGAGUGUCAUCUGUGAGACCCAGAAGGCGGGCCCCGGGGAGCCGAGGGACGUGUUCCUGAAGGUGGCUAGUGGUCCGAGCCCAGAGACCAAAGACUUCUCUGUCACCAUUUACACGGACCGCUGGCUGGCCACGCCCGCCCACAUAUGGCAGGUGCACCUGCACUCCCUGAAGCGCGUGGACGUCUCCUGUGUCACAGGCCAGCGGACCCGCCUGUCCCUGGUCCUUCGGGGGACACAGGUGGUCCGGCAAGUGAGAGCCUUCACCUCGCACCCCGAGGAGCUGUCGACGGACCCCGGAGGCGUCUUCACGCUGCCGCCGCACGGGGUACAGGACCUGCACGUGGGCGUGCGGCCCCGCAGGGCAGGCGGCCGCUUCGUCCACCUCAACGUGGUCGACGUGGACUCCCACCAGCUGGUGGCCUCGUGGCUCGUGUGCCUCUCCUGCCGCCCGCCCCUCAUCUCCAAGGCCUUUGAGAUCACCAUGGCCGCAGGGCAGGGCCAGGGCGCCCACAAGCAGAUCACCUACACCAACCCCUACCCCUUCCGCCGGACCUACCACCUGCACAGCGACCACCCCGGCCUGCUGCAGUUCAAGGAGGACACCUUCCAGGUGGGGGGCGGAGAGACCUACACCAUCGGCCUGCGGUUUGUGCCCCGGCGGAGGGCAGGGCAGGAGGACAUCCUGAUCCACGUCAAUGACCACGAAGACAAGAGCGAGGAGACCUUCUGCGUGAGGGUCGUCUACCAGUAG